CUGGACUUGUCGGGGAACCAGCUCACGAUAUUGCCUGAGGAAAUCGGGCAUCUGAAGCAGCUGCGGGAGCUGAAUGUGGCGAGCAAUAGGCUGACCUCUGUGCCGGCCACCAUCACACACUGCCAGGAGCUGCGCACAUUCAAUGCAAGCGGUAACCAGCUUGACACACUGCCGAGCUCAAUGCGCCAUAUGCACUCGCUGCGCACAGUCGAUGCAUCACGGAACGCACUGUCCACUGUGCCGAUGUGCCUGUGGCAGCUUCCUAAUAUCGACAGCAUGAAUCUCUCAGGAAACCCGAUCACAGCACUGCCGGCCCGCAUGUUCUUGCCAGACGGCACAAUGGCGCCAAACACAAGCAGGCAGAUAGCCCUGACUCUGGAUGGCUGCCCGCUGGGCCAGGGGCUCUUGGACCAUAUUGAGCGGCCCUCUCAGGUACCGUCGCUGGUCGACACCAUCAUCUGCCGACUGGCCAACAGCGAUGCCGGAUACAUCGGCAACCUGCCCGAGCACCUGCAGCACAGACUGGACAGCCUGAUGGUGUGCGACUUUUGCCACAAGCUGUACCCAGAAGGCGCUGGUGUCCGGCGCUGGCACCUGUUGUACCGGAACAAGACUGUGUGGCCCGUCGAGUACAACUUUUGCCAGCCGCACUGGAGCACAGAGAAGCAGCGCGUUGCCUCGCUCUUU